AUGGGAAUAGAGUGGAUUAAGGAAAGAAUUGAGGGCAAAAAAGUUCUUAUUGUUCUGGAUGAUGUGGAUCAAGUGAAGCAACUACAAGCAUUAGUUGGAAUACGGUUUGGUCAAGGAAGUAGAGUCAUUGCAACAACUAGAGAUGAACAGAUACUUACUCAACUUGGAGUACAUAAAAAAUAUAAGGUGGAAGAAUUGAAUAAUUGGGAGUCUCUUCGACUUUUCUCCCAUCAUGCCUUUAAGAAGGGCCAUCUUACAGAUGAUUACAAGGACCUUUCAAUUAGGGCAGUAGAGUAUGCUGGAGGAAUUCCAUUAGCUCUUGAGGUUUUGGGGUGUUUUCUAAAUGGAAUGAGUGUUUUUGAAUGGAAAAGCGAAUUAGAAAAAUUACAAAGUUUUCCUCACGAGGAUAUUCAAAAUAUUCUUAGAUUAAGCUUUAAAUCACUAGACUACUAUGCAAAGAAGACAUUUCUUGAUAUUGCAUGUUUCUUUAUUGGUAUGGACAAAGAAUACGCCAUCAGAAUACUUCAUGGUUGUGGUUUUUUCCCAUAUAUUGAUCUUAGUCUUCUCAUUCAGAGGUCUCUCAUGACAAUUGAUGUACAAAAUAAGUUGAGGAUGCAUGAUCUCAUUCGAGAUAUGGGAAGAGAUAUUGUUUGUGAAAUGUCACUUGGUGAUCUUGGACAACUUAGCAGGUUGUGGUUUCAUGAGGAUGUAUUAAAUGUACUAAGAAAUGAAAAGGGAUUGAAAGCAGUAGAAGGUCUCACCCUAAAUUUGCCGGCACUUGAAGAUGUACAAUUAAAAACUAAAGCAUUUGCAAAGAUGAAGAAUUUGAGAUUGCUUGAGAUCAAUGGUGCAUCUUUGAUAGGAUGUUACAAACAUCUUUCCAAAGAGCUAAGAUGGCUUUGUUGGCUUAAAUGCCCUCUAAAAGUUCUACCACAAGAUUUUCAUCUAGAGAAUCUUGUUGUUCUUGACAUGCAAUAUAGUAGUGUCGAACAAAUUUGGAAGGAUGACAGAGUACUCAACAAGUUGAAAGUUCUUAAUCUCAGCUAUUCCAAAAAUCUUACCAAAUCACCCAACUUCUUGCGAGUCCCACAUCUGGAGUUACUAAUACUUGAAGGUUGCAUAAACUUGGUUGAGUUGCAUGAGUCUAUUGGACAUCUAAAAGGUCUUGUUUUGCUGAAUUUAAAUGGAUGCAAGAACUUUAAGAAACUUCCAAGAAGUAUUUAUACCUUAAAAACUCUUGAAAGACUUAACUUGUCUGGUUGUUUGAAACUUGACAAGCUACCUGAGAAAUUUGAGAAUAUGACGUCUUCAAAAGAGUUGGUUAUACAUAGAACUGCUAUUAAGCAACUACCAUCAUCCUUUGGUCUUUCAAUGAAUAUCAAAGGAGGAUCAUUACCUGGAUGUAAGGGUCAAUUCUUAGAAUCUCAGUUCUCAAGCUUCUCAUCGUGGAUAUCUCCAAAAAAUAUAAAUCCCAUAAGCUUGCUACGAGCUUCCGUUUUCAGAUUUGGUAAUUUGGGAAGACUUGGUCUCAGUAAUUGCAGCUUCUCUGAAGAUGAGAUUCUCAAUGAUAUUGGGAGUUUAUCUUCACUCCAGGGUUUGGAUUUAUCAGAAAACAACUUUAGAAAGCUACCUGAUUGCGUCAGUAGCCUUCCUAAAUUACAAUACUUGUAUUUAGAGAAGUGUAAAUCUCUUCUUUCAAUUUCAGAACUCCCUGCAAAUGUAGAGGCCCUUAAUGCGUCUGGCUGCCCAAAGUUGAAAACACUCUCAAUUUCGCGGAGUUCACAAUUAGCUAGUCUUCACCUUACUGACUGCUGCAACCUGGAUGAGAUUGAGGACUUACGUUUGGAUCCUGAUUUAUUCAUUAACUUGUUUGAUUCCUACAAUCUAUCACGUAAAUUUCGGACGAGGCUUCUCCAGUGUCCACCAACCCAAUGUAAUAUAUGUCACCGUGUUAUUUUACUCCCUUGCGUCCCUGGAGAGGAGGGUGGGAUUCCAAGUUGGUUCAGCCAUCAGAGAAUUGGUUCUUCAAUAUCCUUUCAUGUUCCUUCUCCUGCGGAGGGUGCGAUUCGCGUAUUACUUAUUUGCAUUGUUUAUGCAAAACAGAAAGAAUUGGAUCUGCCAAUGAAAGAAUCGUAUAUGCCAAUGACUGAAAUUAAGGUGAUGAUCCAUAAUAAAAAGAGAGACCACCGACAGGUUCUUCUCCCAAGUCUUUUUCUCUAUUCUGUAAGCAUGUCAGAUCAUUUGCUGUUAUUUCGGUGGCCUGUUGUAAAAAAUAAAGUGGUGGUGCUCGGAUCCCCAGACAAAAUAAUUGAGUUUGUAGAAAAAGUGGAAAUGGAGGUGUCCUUCGAGCUUUGCAGCUGGGUUGAAGUGAAGAAGUGUGGAGUUCACAUAGUGGUUGAUGAGUCAAAAACAGGCUCAUCUGGUGUCUUGGCUGUUAUGGAUACUACUGUAGAUGAUCAGCAUGUAAUUGUGCCCAAUAUCAAAUGGAUGAGACAGAGCCUCACCAUGCAUGAAUUCAUUGCUCAGGUAUGUGACAUUUGGGUUAAAGUUAAAGUUGGAUAUGUGGAGACUGGAGAAGCAUGUGAAGAAUGGAGAACCAGACAUAUGUACUCAUUGUUCAUAGAAGGGAAAUGUUGGCGAGGACACUCGCCGCAGACAACCGCCGUUUGUGACCAGAAAGAAUGUCGUGAGCUUGGAACGGUGGAACGGUUGGAGAUCUCUUGGCUUCUUCAUACUUCAACAUCACUGGUUCAGUUUUGGUUAUUCAACACCAUAGUGUCCUUGUGA